AUGGCGACCACGAAGGAAAGCCAAACCCAGGCUCAGGUAGCCAUUGGCAGUUGUGCUCUACCCUCCGACCCAGAUGCCAUGGAAGUCUUGCCGGCUCUCCCUGAACCGCGAGAUAAAUGGGACAAGAUCCACCGAAGCUCUUUAUUUCAGAUCUGCGUGGUUUCAGCUCUGGCUUUCUGUGGGUCAGCUAUGGCGGACGCUAUCAGUGGGCUCGGUGGUGGAGGACAAGCAAGUCCCUAUACGGUUAGUGCCGCUCAAGCCGCGUCAUACUCGGCAACCGCUUUGAUCGCACUCUUUGGUGGACCCCUAGCUUCUCGAAUGGGUCUCCGACUCAUGCUCAUUAUCGCCGCAUCAACUUUUGCCAUCAACGGCUCAGCAUACCUCUGCCUUUGCUCACACAACAGAUCUGUGCUUAUCUCUGUCAGUCUUUCCAACGUCAAGGCCAAAUGGGUACCCCUGGGACUCAACUUCGCCCUUUGUGUUCUAUGCAUCCUCCCAACAUUGCUAAUUGUUUGUCAAGUGCCUGAAUAUCGACAAGACGCAAAGAAUAAACCCAGCGAAAUUACUUUUAACGGAAAGGAUGACGAGGAGCAAGGGAUGGACGAUAUAUCUAAAAAGGUUUGA